AUGUUUUUAUCUUAUUCGUUAUUUGUAUUGGAAUUGAAACGAAAUGGCUGGUGGAAAUAUUUUCUUGACUACUGUAAAUUUCAACGAAAGAGAAUAAGUCACAGCCUGCGUAUCAGUUUUUUAGAGAAUUGUUUAAGAGCGAAUAUUAUCCCAAAGUUUCUGAAGUUUCGAAUACCAGAAAAUGGUUGUUUCGACGAUAGAAUAGUAGAAGACUUUCAACUACGACUCUUGAGAAAGGAAUUGUUUAAAGCUAAAGGUGAACAACAAUCUGUUAACGAGAAACUGACGAAAUCUAGAAACGCUUUAAAACAGAAAAUCAACAUAAAGCUUUUACCAUCACUUAUACUUCAUAUAAGAAUUCAUAACAGACUACAUGAAAAAGAACAUACUGACAAAUUAAAUGAUAAACUCACUAGACUAUCAAGUGAACAAGAUAAACCGUUAUUUACCGUUGAUAACACUGUGAUCUGUUACCAGUUAGACAAAAAUCCGCCAAAAUACGUUUUGGACACGUUAGCCCUGGGUCCGAGAAAUGCUGUACUUGGAAAGUUUAAUAAGAAUGACGUUCUUACAGAGCUUGAUGAUCUGAUUAGAUUUUGCAGAGGACAAAAGGUGGAAGAAGAUGUCAUUACUGAUAUGAAUAUUAAAACACUAGCAUAUAUCAAAAGAUGCAGUAAACAAAAAGGAUCCAGAAAUUUGCAAUUGACGAAUAGAUACCUUAAAGAGAAUAACCUCGUUGCGCUACCUUUCGAUAAGGGCAUCGGAAUUUGCAUCAUGAAAGUAGAAACGUACAAUAAUAAAAUGAGUGAAAUCACCGAUUUACCUCAAUUUGAAAAACUCGUCGGGAGAAGGAAGAAUGAGAAGCACCCAAUGCUUAAAGAAGAAGAAAGAGUUUUAUCCAUGUUAAAGUUGUUGAAAGAAGAUAAUAAAAUCUCGGACGCAUUGUACGAUAAGAUGAAACCAGUAGGAAGCCAACCGCCACGUCUAUAUGGCCUAGCGAAGGUACAUAAGAAAGAUACACCAGUUCGACCAGUACUUUCCAUGCCUGGCUCAACCUACUAUAAAAUUGGUAAUCAAGUUUCAAAAUGGUUAUCUGUUGUAAAGGAGUGCAAUAUCAAUUCCUCAACAAAGGAAAUUUCUGAUCUGUUAUCUCAAAUUCAACUUAAUACGAACGAAGAACUAGUUAGUUUUGAUAUAAAGUCUUUGUAUACAAACGUUCCGCUUGAUGAAGCCAUAAAUGAUUGCACCGAGCUUUUACUUUCUGGUAAAUACGAACAGCCUCCGGUAGAUAAAGAAACCUUUAAAACCUUAGUCUCUUUGUGCAGUCGUGACGUAGUUUUAUUAUCACACGAUGGUUAUUACAAGGAAAUCGAUGGCUUAGCUAUGGGCAGCCCACCAGCUCCACUUCUCGCUAAUGGUUGGCUAAGCAAGUUUGACUCUAUCCUCAAAGACGAUGCUGUACUGUAUUCAAGGUAUAUGGAUGAUGUUUUGAGAAACAUAGAACGUAAUAGAAUUGACGAAAAACUUCUACAAAUUAACGACCGGCAUCCGUCACUCAAAUUUACCAUUGAAAAAGAAGGGAAGAAUACGUCUAUACCUUUUCUGGAUAUGUUAAUUAUUCGUUCAAAUAACAAUUUAUCAUCGACAUGGUACACGAAAGCUACCGAUACAGGCCUGACGAUGAACUUUCAUUCACUGGCACCACGGAAAUAUAAACGGUCAGUCGUAUCCGGCCUAGUUCAUCGAAUACAUCGAGCGUGUAGCACAUGGUCGAAUUUUCACCAAAGUCUAGAAAAAGGUUAA